AAGAAUCGGACGCGCAUUUCUCAGCACGGCCCAGAAACCCCACCACGCUAUCUGCCCUCCGCCUCGCCGCCGCCUGUGCCGCUCCCUCCCGGCACGCCGCCGCAGCCAUGCUUCCCCUCGCCCGCGCGCUCCGGAGCCUCGGCCCGGCGGGGGCCGCGCGCGAAGGGCCCCUCCUCGCGUGGCUCUCCUCGAGGUCGGCAGCUUCUUCCUCCGCGCCGCCGGAGUACGAGAUGCCAUCGGUGACGUGGGGCGUCAUCCAGGGGCGCAAGGAGCGCCUCGUCUCCCGCGUGCUGGCGCUCGACUUCCUACGCUCCGCGGGAGUCUCCGACCCCGCCGGCGAGCUCGAGGCCGUCGAGCUCCCCUCCUCCCUUGACGUGCUCCAGGAGCGCCUCGACUUCCUCCUCCGCCUCGGCCUCUCCACCGACGACCUCUCCAAUUACCCGCUCCUCCUCGCCUGCUCCCUCCGCAAGAACGUCAUCCCCGUCCUCUCCUACCUCGAGAAGCUCGGCGUCACGCGCGCCCGCCUCGCCGCCUUCGUCCGCGCCUACCCCGCGUGCCUCCACGCCUCCGUCGCCGUCGACCUCUCCCCCGUCGUCAAGGCCCUCCGCGGCCUCGAUGUCGACCGCCAGGACCUUCCCCGUGUCCUCGAGCGGUUUCCCGACAUCCUCGGCCUCAAGCCCGACGGCACCAUCAGCACCUCCGUCGCCUACCUCGUUGGCAUCGUCGGUGUCGCGCCACGAGACAUCGGUCCCAUGGUAACGCACUUCCCUUUCUUCCUUGGCAUGAGGGUUGGCACUACCAUCAAACCGUUCUGCGACUACAUCACCUCUCUCGGGCUGCCCAUGCGGAUCCUGGCGAGGAUCCUCGAGAAGCGACCGUACAUUCUCGGUUAUGAUCUUGAGGAGACGGUCAAACCAAACGUGGAGGCAUUGUUCAGCUUUGGCAUUCGGAAGGAAGCCCUUCCAUUGGUGAUUGCUCAGUACCCGCCUAUUCUUGGGCUGCCGCUGAAAGCAAAGUUAGCGGCACAGCAGUAUUUCUUCAAUUUGAAGCUCCAAAUUGACCCAGAUGGGUUUGCCCUUGCCGUCGAGAAGUUGCCACAGCUUGUAAGCUUGAAUCAGAAUGUGGUUCUGAAGCCCGUGGAGUUCCUUCGCGGACGUGGGAUCUCCAAUGAGGAUGUUGCACGGAUGGUGGUCCGGUGCCCGCAGAUUCUAUUGCAGCGGAUUGAGCUCAUGAAGAACAGUUUGUACUUCUUCAAGAGUGAAAUGAAGCGACCUAUAAGUGAACUAUUUGAUUAUCCAGAGUAUUUUACAUACAGCUUGGAGUCAAGGAUCAAGCCUAGGUACAUGAGAGUUGCAAGUAAGGGGAUUAGGUGUAGCUUGGAUUGGUUCUUGAAUUGCAGUGAUCAGAGGUUUGAGGAAAGGAUGCGAGGGGAUUUUAUUGAAGGGGAUGCACCAGGGCCUUCAUUUAUAAUGGGUGGGAAGCUUCAGAUGCCAGGCAGCCAGCUAGUGUCUGAUGAUGAUAACGAGGAUACCGACGAUGAGGUGCUAUAUAGGCGAACAGUCAUGCUAUAGUGAGUGUAAUCUCUUCUUGUUGCUUUCAUUUGAAUAAGUCUGCGGCAGAUUAGCGAUUUGUGAGGAUUCGUGAAAUUACAGAAAAAGGUCAUUUUGUCUCAGAUUUGGUGGAGGAUAAUCCCAAAGUUCUUUCAACAUGUGUUAUAACAACAUCAUAUAAGCAAGCAUCGUCACAUGCUUGAUAAGAAGGCUUUGGUGUAGAUGGAACUUGGCACCAGAGGUUGUCAGAGUGCUUGUCCAAGCAACAUCUCAAAGGGAUUAACAACGAUAACAGAGGUACUCGGGUAUAGCCUUUGAUCAUAUGUCACUUCAGAGAUGAUAGCGUGAGAUCCGUUGGUAAUUUAAGCAGGAGAUCAAAGAGUUGCUGAAGGACAACAGAGAUAAGUAAUGUGCUAGUGAUGAAAAUCUCGCUCCACUGAAAAAAUCUGAUUGUAGUUGAUUUAUGUUACUCAAGACAGUGGAUGAUCAUAGAAUAUGAUUCAGAUUUUUGUAACAUGUACACUAUUUACUUUUUGUAACUCGAAUGUUCAGCGUAACUUUUGCCCAAAUACUCUCAGGACGUGUACAGCUUACAUUUUGUGUUCCAUGUAGCCAUCUUGCCAUGGCCAAUUGAUUAGUAUGUUUAUGGUUUUGUUGAAAA